GUCAGCCAGAGGUGUUUUGGUUGAAAUAAGAAAGCGAAAGCUCACAAAAGCCAGAAAGCCCUUCUGUUCCCAAAGCUGCUUCUUAGCAGAGUGGAAAGCCCCAGCCCCGAGUCCACCCAAACCAUUCGAAGCGCAGGGCAGCGAAGAAGCAGAAAGAUCCCGACAUGGCCACGACAUCCUGGGGUAAGACCAUGACGAAGCUUUGGACGGUGCUAGCAAAGUUCCUCGAGCACCACAGGAACUUGGGCUGCGGGCUGGCGUCCCUGCUGACAGCGAGUGGGGAGCUCAUCUUCUCCACCGUGGUGUUCCAGUGUCCCUGCAGCGCCGCCUGGAACCUGCCCUACAGCCUGGUCUUCCUGCUGCUGCCGGCGCUGGUGUUCUAUCUCCUGGGCUGCGUGCUGAGGACGCGCUCCUUGUGCCUGCUGUGCAGCUGCUGUCGCACACGGAACGCCGGCAUUAACCGCUGCGACCUAUGCGACGAGUGCUGCAGGGUCAGCGGGCCCGCCUUGGUCUCGUCUGUCACCUGGGUGGCCGUGGCGCUGCUCGGGGGCGCCGUCUACGAGUGCUGCGCCAGCGGGUCGACCUUCAAGGCGGAUAGGCUCUGCGUUGGCCGCAACUCCGACUGUGCGGCCCAGCUGCCGCUGGUGCCCUGCCGAGAGGCACAGGACCCCUUGGUGCAGGACCUCCAGAAGGUGCUCAGAGCCGAAUCUCAGGUGGUGGGCUGGAGCCUGAUAGCAGUUGUUAUGUUUUUCCUUCUGAUUUUUACCUGUGUCUUCCACUGCCAAGCUGGAGAUAGUUCCCCGCAGCUGAAAUUUCGGAAAAUCUAUUUGAAAGAGGAGCACCAGUGCCUUAGGACGCAAGUCACAGAGCGUGCGACCAAAUUGGCAGAAGAGAAUGUUAGAUGUUUCUUUGAGGGCUCACGGCCAACAGGAUGCAACAUCCCAAGCAAGAAAGACUGGGAGGAAAUUUCAUCACCAUAUCCUUUCAACCCGGAGGACGAGUACCUCAGCGCAUUGCACAGAUUUGUUAACAAAGAAGAGAACUGA